GCUUCGUAUUCGCGGAAAUAGGAAGGUGCCUUCCAUUUAUUUGUAACAAAGAACAUGUCACCAUGCACGUCCGAAAUCGGUGCUGAAUACCUUUGCAGAACUUAAAGGGGAAAAAGAACAUCGUACCUCUCCUUAAUUUUGCAAUUACUUGAACAGAACUAGAUAGUUGACUUUCCUGGCUAUGCGGCUGUGUGAUAUAGGUCUACUGAGAAAAGUCUCAAGAAAUAUGAUCAGUUUCUCUUUAACAUCUUAAGAACACACGUAUUGGGAAAGUUGACCUCCUCGUCAUGAAACCUACACUGGUUAUCUUUCCCCUGCCGUGUUCCCUGUUAGAAUCCUGCAGACUGCCGAUCGAAGUUUACACCGUUGCCGAAGCUCACCGCUAACCAUCCCUGUGACAUGGAUGGCGAGGCCUUCUCCCGGCGAGCUGCCGAGAUGGCGGACUUCAUCAACAGGUACCUGAGGGACAUCAAAGAGUACCGGGUCACGCCGGCUGUGACCCCGGGAUAUCUCCACCGUCUGCUGCCCAGUGAGGCGCCCCGGAGACCGGAGUCGUGGGAAAGCAUCAUGAGCGACGUGGAGGACACUAUAUUACCUGGGAUGACUCACUGGCAACACCCCGGCUUUCACGCUUACUUCCCUGCCGGUAACUCCUACGCGUCCAUUCUUGCUGACAUGCUGUCAGACGGCCUCGGUUGCAUAGGCUUCUCGUGGGCUGCCAGUCCGGCGAUGACGGAGCUUGAGACUUUGAUGGUAGACUGGUUGGGUCGCAUGAUGGGUCUGCCCAAAGAGAUGCUUCCCUACACGGAGGGCGGUAACGGCGGCGGGGUUAUUCAGGGAUCGGCAAGUGAGUGCACCUUAGUGUGCAUGCUUGCUGCUCGAGCUAAAGCUCUGAAUGAACUCAAAGAGAUCUACCCCGACGAAGAAGACUGCGUUCUGCUGUCCAAGCUCGUGGCAUACUUCUCGGAAGAGGCCCAUUCUUCCGUCGAAAAGGCCGCCAACAUCGCGUUUGUGAAGAGGCGUAAACUCCCAACAGACGCCCACUAUUCCUGCCGAGGGGAAACGCUUCGAAAAGCAGUAGAGACUGAUGUGGAGAAAGGUCUCGUUCCGUUCUUCGUGUGUGCCACGAUUGGUACGACCGGCGUGUGUGCGUGCGAUGACGUGGAGGGGUUGGGCCGUGUGUGUUCCGAGAGGAACCUGUGGCUGCACGUGGACGGCGCGUACAGUGGCAACGCGCUCAUCUGCCCGGAGUUCAGAUAUCUCCUGCGGGGUUUUCAGUAUGUGAAGUCAUUCAAUUUCAACCCCAACAAGUGGAUGAUGGUCAACUUCGACUGCUCCGUCAUGUGGGUGCGAGAUAAGCAUGCACUGACGAAUGCCUUGACUGUCAACCCGAUAUAUCUACAGCAUGACAACGAAGCUCAUUCGAUAGACUACAGGAACUGGACAAUUCCUCUGAGUCGUCGCUUCCGUUCUCUCAAGCUGUGGUUUGUCAUCAGGAUGUACGGCGUGGAGGGAUUGCAGCAAUACAUACGAUCGCACGUGGCAAUGGCUAAACGAUUCGAGGCACUGGUGCGGCGAGAUGCCAGAUUUGAGAUCCUCGGAGACGUGGUGUUCGGUCUGGUGUGCUUCCGACUUAAGGGGCCAAACAACUUGACCGAGUCCCUCCUGCGUCGGAUCAACCAGUCUGGCAAGGCCCACAUGGUUCCCGCCUCCCUCCGUGGCACGUUCGUCAUCCGCUUCGCCGUGUGCCACCCGGACCCGACGGAAGAGCACGUACAACAGACGUGGGGCGUCAUCACAUCAAACGCCGAGUGCGUGCUCUUCGAACGCGAGGUGGUCGUCGAGAAGCUCCGACGGCUGUUUUCAAAGUACAAGGAGAACAGAAGCAGGCGCCCAAUAAGAAUUUUGGGGGAGCUGAAAAAGAAUUGUAUUGAGCCUCUGGGCCCACAUCCCAAAACAUGCAGAAGAUAACUCCAAAUACCAUUAAACAAAAGUAGCAAUCAUGACUUGCCUGUUAGUUGAAGUGGGCCAACUCCUUAAAACUAUUAUUACUCAUGUGGCAAUUUCAGCUUCAAUUAUAAAAGGCCAGUCGAUUGGCAGAGUGACUGAAUAUAAAUAUCUAGACACCGCCAUAGACCAGGAGUUGAAAUUUUGACAGAAACACAAAAUAUACGAUCGCUAAACUACAGCAAAAGCUCUUCUACCUGCGUAAGCUGAAAUCUUUUGGCAUACACAACAUUCUUGAAAUGUUUUUGUUUGUAUAGCACUGUGAUUCAAAGAGUUCUUACUUUUAAUCUUGUCUGUAUAUGUUUGGAAAUAUGAGGUCACUUAAAACAGGCAAGAAGAAUAACAGGUACAUAGCUGUGUAGUCCAGACAGAGACGCUGUACUAUAGUGUAUACAGUAGUAAAGUUGACCGAGUUUGUCUGACCCAUCCCAUCCGCUGUAUCCUAAGUUUUUAAUGAGUAACAGGGGUGGUCGUCUCUUGCAGUGGAAAAUUAGAACUCAGCGCCACAAAACUCGUUUUUUUUUUCCGACAGCAGUCUGAUUUUACAGUGACAUAGCCUUCUCAAUUCAUUUCAGUUCAAUUUUUAGUCGUUACUUUUAACCCUAAAAGGGCCGGGGGCAGAAUCCGCCCCCCCCCCUCAACUUUUUCCGCGAUAGCCUUGAUUU